AUGUGUUCAAACUCCCUUAAUUGCGCAUCGUUUCGUUUUUGUGGUUUAUUUCUUCGACUUGAUCUUGUUAUUCAUCAUCCAAAAUCAUUACUUGAUGCAAUGAGACCAUGGUAUAUGGAACAUUAUACAAAAUCAGGUCUUGAUCAACAAGUCUUAGACUAUAAAUUAUCCAUGCUUGAUAUUGGAACAGAAAUAAUAAAUUGUAUUGAACAAGUAACAUCAUUAUCAAUAAAUAAAAAAUUUCUUAUUCUUACGGGCAAGUCUGUUUAUGUUGAUCGAUAUUUUCUUGAAAAGAAAUAUUUCACGUUUAAAUUUUUUACUUGA